CGCUCUCGGUUUCCCCGCCGAGCCGCCGCCGCCGCCGCCGCCGCCGCCGCUGCCAGCGAAGGUGCCGGGCGCCGGGCCCUCCCCGCCGGCGCGGCCGUCAUCGCCCGGAGCGGGUGCGCGGCGGGAGCGCGGAGGGGGCGGCCGCCGCCAGCGCCGCCGCGCAGGAGCAGGAGGAGGAGAAAGGGUGCGCAGCCCGGAGGCGGGGUGCGCCGGUGGGGUGCAGCGGAAGAGGGGGUCCAGGGGGGAGAACUUCGUAGCAGUCAUCCUUUUUAGGAAAAGAGGGAAAAAAUAAAACCCUCCCCCACCACCUCCUUCUCCCCACCCCUCGCCGCACCACACACAGCGCGGGCUUCUCGCGCUCGGCACCGGCGGGCCGGGCGCGUCCUGCCUUCGUUUAUCAAGCAGCUUUUCGGAAAAUGCAUUUGCCGUUCGGAGUUUAAUCAGAAGAGGAUUCCUGCCCCGUGCCCGGCUCGUCCGGCGGCCCCCGGUCCCUGUCUGUCUCCCGUGGAGGAGUGAAGCGGUCCCGCGGAUAGAGAUCCAUGUCUGUGCCCGCGCGUGUGUGUGCGUGUGUAAAUUGCCGAGAGGGGGAAAAUCACAGGACUUCUGCAAAUACGGGACUGAAAAUUGUAAUUCAUCUGCCGCCGCCGCUGCCUUUUUUUCCUCGUGCUCUUGAGAUCUCCGGUUGGGAUUCCUACGGAUUGACAUUUCUGUGACGGAGAAGUCUGGGAAUCAAACUGGAAAUUCUCCUAAUUUUUUACCCUCCCUCCCCCAACUCCUGAUUCAUUUGGAAGUUUCAAAGCAGCUAUAACUGGAGAGUUCUGAAGAUUGAUGGAAUCUUUGCCUUAUGCAUUUGUUUUGUUUUCACAAAAAAGGAAACUUGACAGAGGAUCAUGCUGUCCUUAAAAAAUACAACAUCGCAGAGGAAGUAGACUGAUAUUAACAAUAAUUAAUAAUAAUGUGCCUCAUGAAAUAAAGAUCCGAAAGGAAUUUCAGUAAAAAUUUCCUGCAUCUCAUGCCAAGAGGGAAACACCAGAAUCAAGUGUUCCGCGUGACUGAAGACACCCCCUCAUCCAAGAAUGCGAAGCACAUCCAAUAAAAUAGCUGGAUUAUAACUAUUCUUUCUUUCGGGGCCGUGGGGCGGGAGCAGGGGCGAGAGGUGCUGCUGGUACCCGGCUGCUUUUCCUCGGGGGAAGGAUGGCGCACGCUGGGAGAACAGGGUAUGAUAACCGGGAGAUAGUGAUGAAGUACAUCCACUAUAAGCUGUCGCAGAGGGGCUACGAGUGGGAUGCCGGCGACGUGGGCGCCGCGCCCCCGGGGGCCGCCCCCGCGCCGGGCAUCUUCUCCUCCCAGCCCGGGCGCACCCCCGCGCUCGCCAGGACCUCGCCGCCCCCGCCCCCCGCCGCCCUCGCCGCCGCUGCCGCCGCGGGCCCUGCGCUCAGCCCCGUGCCACCUGUGGUCCACCUGACCCUGCGCCAGGCCGGCGACGACUUCUCCCGUCGCUACCGCCGCGACUUCGCGGAGAUGUCCAGCCAGCUGCACCUGACGCCCUUCACCGCGAGGGGACGCUUUGCCACGGUGGUGGAGGAGCUCUUCAGGGAUGGGGUGAACUGGGGGAGGAUUGUGGCCUUCUUUGAGUUCGGUGGGGUCAUGUGUGUGGAGAGCGUCAACCGGGAGAUGUCGCCCCUGGUGGACAACAUCGCCCUAUGGAUGACUGAGUACCUGAACCGGCACUUGCACACCUGGAUCCAGGACAACGGAGGCUGGUGACCAUCUGUGCAUUACGUUACCAUUGCCAGACCCUCUUCAAGUGGCUUAUCUAUGAGUGAAUUCAGAAACUUCAAAUUAUAAAGGACACCCAGAUAAUUGGCCUGUUCUCCCAAGGAUCUGUCCCCCGUGCUGCUGCCAGAUUCCUUCUUAAUGAACACAUCGAGUGACAGUGGGAUUCUUGAGCUUGUCCGCAUCCGUGAGAAAAUGAGCUUCCCUGCUUUGUAACAGCUUGUGGCUCGGGGAAAAAAAAUGACAGCCAUUGCACAAGUCUCCUUUGAAAGUCGUCUUCUUUCCCAUAAAUGAUACUUUGAGAACACACUUAAGGGGUUAUUAGUUUUCUAUUUCAUGCUUGGCCUGUGUGUGAGAAUAACACCAGCUGUCACUGCAAAUCAGUAGCUAAACACGCUUUGUCUGGUUAAUGUGAACAUUUAAUAUUUGGCUCAAUUAAAAAUUAACUGAUGAAAGUACAUGUCAAACGGAAACUGAAAAUACCUUUGGAAGGAAUAUUGAAAGGGCAUGGCCAAUGAGGAAAUUAGUGCUUUUAAAACGUGGGGACUUGGGGGAAACUUAAUAUGAGUCGAGACCCUUGCCUCUUCCUCCGGACCUCGCUACCUGUUUGACUCAGCACGGUACUGGAAAGGAUGUCCUCAUUCUGACGAUGUAGGACCCAGCGGCAUUUCUGUAUUUUCUAGAGAAUAACUAGGGUGUUUUGUUUUGUUCCGUUUUAUGCUGAAUGAUACAAUGAAAGCAAACGGAACAAGGGAUCAUUUAUUCAUUUGUUCCACUUUUUUUUUUUUUUUUUAAAUGGAGCACGUGGUUAGACCAGGCCCUGGGAAAGUGGGAGUGCUCCCAGUUUGUGGGGUGGAGAUCAUCACCCCGAUGAUGUGGAGCCUCGAGAGAGCCAGGAGAGAAGAUCGACAACCACAGCAGUGGCACUUUAAUUAGAGUCCAGGAAGUCUUCCCACCCAGGAGAGGGGGCUGGAGCCUGAAGGAGGAGCCGGAGCUAACCUAGAGGCGUGGGAAGGAGGAGCGAAGUGUGGCCAGCGGGAAGAACCUGGGGAACAAAGGUCAGGGACGCCAAGAGCCGGUGGCAGGCAGGCGGGCUGCUGGCCGGCGGGAGUCCAGCUGGGCUGGAGCGAGGGAGGCGAGCAAGGGGGCAGAUCAGAGCCGGCAAUGCGGGAGUGGCACCGGGGAAGGGUUUAUUCUAGAAAGGUCCUACCUUGGGACGCCUGGGUGGCUCAGUUGGUUAAGCAGCUGCCUUCGGCUCAGGUCAUGAUCCCAGCGUCCUGGGAUCGAGUCCCACAUCGGGCUCCUUGCUCAGCAGGGAGCCUGCUUCUCCCUCUGCCUCUGCCUGCCAUUCUGUCUGCCUGUGUUCGCUCUCUCCCCCUCUCUCUCUCUGAUAAAUAAAUAAAAUCUUUAAAAAAAAAGAAAAGAAAAGAAAGGUCCUGCCUUGAAUGAGACAGGGAGAAGCUGGCUCAGCAAAUGAGCUGAAGACCUGUACCUGACCUGGACGAACGGUGGUAGGGACAGCAAGAAGCGGGUAGCUUUAAGCAAUGAUUAGGACUAGAACGGACUGAUUUUUAUUUAGGAAGAUAGAGUGAUGGACUGAAUGCUUCAGAACAUGGCCCAUUUCUCCUUCAAUUACAGUGCUCUUUUUCCAUAAUCAUUUUGAAAAGAAUAUGGUCCUCGUCGUAGUAGAUACAUGAAAAUAUAUGUUUUUCUUAUUUCCCAUUUGUUUCAGUUAACCCUGCCUGACUGGAAAUUUUAUUUUGUUAGGAGUCUCCUUGUAAUAAAUCGUCAUUAAUAACCAGUUAACAAAACUAUAUUUGAAGAAAGAAAGAAUUCAGUUUUGAGAGGCAGUUUUCAUAGAAUCUUCCUCCACAUGAAAAAAAUCUCAAGAGUGGCAUCUCACCUUGACGGAGGAUUUUAAAGAUUUUAUUUAUUUAUUUGACUGAGAUCACAAGUAGGCAGAGAGGCAGGCAGAGAAAGAGGGGAAGCAGGCUCCCCGCUGAGCAGAGAGCCUGAUGCUUGGGCUCAAUCCCAGGACCCUGAGAUCAUGACCUGAGCUGAAAGCAGCAGAGGCUUAACCCACUGAGCCACCCAGGUGCCCCUCGACCGAGGAUUUUAAAGUUUCCAAGGGAAUUUUGUGUCUGUUGGCCCCUUUGGUCUUCAUGGUGACCCUAGACCAGGCAGGUGUUAUAGUCCCACUUUCUCCGCCCACACCCUUUUUGUCCUCUCUUUGUUCCCAUGCAAAGAGAAAGUUCUGGGGAGUUGCGGGGGAGCCAGAAAGGCCAGAGGAGCUGGUACUCGUUCCCAGACUCAGAGUCCAGUGGUUCUGUCCUUACACUGUGCUGCUUCUCAGGGUCUGUUUUCACAAGGACACCAGAUUCCUCAACAGAAACUUAAUCCAGUAUAUCUAAUUUUGAAAAGUAGUAUCCUCUGCUGCCUUUUACCUCAAAAAAAAUGUCAAGGAAAUUAAAAUGUAGUCUUUUGUUUCAGGUUUCUCUCCCCCCUCCCCCUUUCGAUUUGGCUUUUUGAAGGGGGCUUCAUGUUUAUGGGAUGGGCAGAGGGACACCUGACCUCUUGCCUUGUGAGGCCCACACGUCCGCUCACGAUGCUGCGGCUGUGCUUGGCGGCCAGGCAGGACUGAGCAGGCAACGCCUCCAAGGGGACAGUGGUGUGAGGGACAGAAGAGUUCUCGAAACUCAGCAUGAGGGUUCUGGGACACAGCAGGGCAGGUAGAAUUAUAUGAAUGUAGACAAUCACUUUGCUUGUUUGGCAUCUAACCAGCAAUCUGCGUUUUUGUUAACUCCUAAGAUUGGCCUCUUUAGGUAAGCAACAUAAACUUGGUGAUGAAAGCGGUUUCUGAAUUUAAAAAGCGGUGGAGCCUUCAUCAGCAAGCUCCCGGAGCGUCUAAAGGGCACGUGGCUAUGUUAGUUCAACCUCAUUUAUUCAGCAAAUACUGAGAAGAGCGCUGGAGUUGUAGCAGAAGACGUGGCGGUCAAGAGCUGUCCCUCGACCCUCUCGUGAAUCCUCCGUUGUGGAAGUUAGCACAGUAAGCAGGCAAAUCAUUCACCAUAUAAGGGAGUACAGUAUAGCAGAAAGGGGACAGGCUGAUAAGAGAGUGUCGAUGGGCCUCAUUAACUCUUGCGGGAGUCCUGGGGUUCCUCCAGUGGUACCGCAGAUCACCCAGAGAGGGUCAAUGGCAAAAACACAAUGUUCUACUUUAGUAUAACAGCCCGUGUGUCAGUUCAAGUGUGGGGUGGGGGUUGCAUGCACAAUAGAGACUUAGAGAAGACUUUCGUUUUUGGCCAAAAUGUUUGGAACGUUUUCCCCCCCUUACCCCUACUGGUCUUUUCAUUUCCCACAUUUCUGUGUAUCACAACGUUGUUCAAUGGCUCCGGCCCCAAAAGCCAGGAGGAAGGAAGGAACUGAUUUCACCCCACCACAUGCCAGACUCUGUGCUUAGUGCUACGGUGGAUAGGAGAUAAUUCAACCCCCAUAACCUCUUCUGAGGGUAGGAAGUGGAAUUACAGAUUGAGGAAGCAGAGGUUUGCAAAAUCAAGGAAUUUUCCCCAGUAAGAGGCAAAACCAGAUCCUUUUUUAGGCAAUCCAAGCGGUCAUGGAUAUCCUCUAAAACUUAAGGAAUUUUUUUUUUUUAAUGUAAAAUAGAAACCUAUUAAAAAGUCACACUUGACUGCAUGUGACUUUUUGGUUUCUUUUGUGUUUCCUUAGGAAGCCAAUUAGUCAUCUUUAUUUUAGUAAGGAGGAGGUGAGAUCUUUCAUAACACGAACUUUUAAAAGUUCUUUCAUAGUUGAAAAAAAAAAAAGAGAAACAUUUUGUUUCUGUCUUUCUCCUCUUUGGCUCCAACAGUCCGUGUAAAUAGCUUUUGAAAAAUAAGUAGUAAUCACCGCUUCAUACUGGAGACCAGACACCUGAUUCUGAAACUGCCCCAGGGGUCAGCGUGUGUGUGUUGGAAUAACAAAUGUGCAGUGCGUUCCUGGUUCAAGAGAAAUGACCUCACUGUCCAAUUGUAACCUACCUGAUGCCUUAAUCAGGAGGUGGGAAAAGUCUGUGGUUUUACCUCUUGGGUCAUCCUCAGCCCUCUGCUGUCUUAUUUUAGGCAUGACCUUAGUGUUUUUUUCCAGAGUCCAGAGGUGGAAUGACAUGUUACUCAAGCUUACAAGAUGAUGAUGUAUCCCUUUUUUUAUAUUUAGCUGUAAAUUUUAUUCUACUCAUAAACAAACCCACUUUCAGCCACCACGGUGUAUCAAGGGAGAGUUGUUUCCAUCUCCCUUGGUUUAAUUUGGAUACAUUUGACCUAGAACAGCACAGUGUUUCCACAAUAACAUUUGAACAGGAUGCUGUUGGGCUAGUCUGCAGGGUUCAGGGAGUUUUGGAGUGGGCCAGGAAACUACUUUCUUAAAAGAAACCUAAACACUAAGACCUGACAAGAUAGGAAACUCUUACUAGACUCCUUAUUAAACGUAUUUCUGUUUUUCCUUGCUUUCUCAUUUCAUUAAUUUCUGUAUCUCUUCGUGUUAUUAAACGGUAUCGGUUGACUAGUUAACUUAAGUUCAUGUGCUAAAUGAGUAACUCAAAUUCAGAAGGCAUAAAAUAAAAACAAAAUUGUUUGAAGGGGUUUGUUUAAGAAAGCAUAUGUAAAUAAAAAAUUAAAUUAAACGUGUCUCCCAGGCACAACACGUUUUAAUUUUUAGAGUAGAACUUCAUGGUAUUUCAUAAGGAAGCAAAAAAGGAAGGGAAAUUAUUAUUCAGGCAGAGAGACAAUAGUAACCUUUUAUUUAUUGAGACAGAGUUCAAAACCAGGCUCCCCAAACCCUGGGAUCUGUGUUUGCUGAACUGAACACCCCACUAGCUAUUUCCGCUCUCUUCUGGGGACUAGCCUGCUUUAAAAAUGUGGGUCCAAUAUAAUUAAAGUGUUUAAUUUAUAAGCUAUAACCCAACAUGAUAAUGUUUAAAAGUCUGCUUUAUGUAUUUUUACAAAUUCUUAAAAUCUCAAGGACUUGAGAUAAUUAGGACCUUUGUUUUUUAAUGGCUUUCUGUGUGAGCUCUUAGUGGUAGCAAUUGAUCUUGGGACAAGAGAGGGGUACAUUUGGAUUCUGUGCCCAGGACGGGCUCCCUCCUGUCUAGGAUGAAGAGGAGAAACCUCUUUCCUUUCUCUGCCUCAGUUGUACCUGCGAUGAUUUAUAAUGUUGAUGUGGAAACGAAGAGCACUCAUUUGUCACCAGGAUUGUAAUUGGUGGAUGAAAAGUCUUUAUGACCGCAAAGUCCAUUAACACUCUGUUUAGUAAUUAUGAUGAUUCUAAACACAACUAAGAACUAGGAAGUAAUUUCAGCCCCUGCUAUGCACAAGGGUAACACAAAGGUUACACGCCAAAGGUCAUACCCAUUAGUCAUAAGAGCUGGGCCAUCAUUCUUAACAGAGUUGGGGUGUGUGUGCUGUGUGUGUGUGUGUGCGUGCGCGUGCGCCUGCAAGUGUGGGCUUGGAGAGAAAGAGACAGAAAUAGACAUACCUGAUAGUUACCAUUUUAACCAUUUUUUAAGUGCAUAGCUCAGUGGCAUUCCAUAAAUUCUCAGUGUCGUCCCACCGCCCUCCCCAUCCGUUCCAGAACGUUUCCACCACCCCGAACUGAAACUGACUCCGUUAGACACAAACUCCCCAUUCCCUCCUCCCUUUGGCCCCCUAUAACUACUUUUUUACUGUCCCUGUGAAUCUGACCAUUCUAGGCACCUCAUACAAGUGAAUCACACAGUAUCUGUCCUUUCGUGUCUGGCUUAUCUCACUAACAAUAUGUUUUCGGGGUUCAUCCAUGUUGUAGUCUCUGUCAGAAUGUCAUUCCCUUUUUUGAAUUUAAAAAAUUUUUUUCUUUAUUAACAUAUAAUGUAUUAUUUGCCCCAAGGGUACAGGUCUGUAAAUUGUCAGUCUCACACACUUCACAGCACUCACCACAGCACAUGCCCUCCCCAGUGUCCAUCACCCGGCCACCCUCUCCCUCCCUCCAACCCCCCAGCAACCCUCAGUUUAUUUCCUGAGAUUAAGAGUCUCUUAUGGUUUGUCUCCCUCCUAAUCCCAUCUUCUUUCAUUUUUCCUCCCUUCCCCCCAUGAUCCCUGGCUCUGCCUCUCAAUUUCCUCAUAUUAGGGAGAUCAUAUGAUAAUUGUCUUCCUCUGAUUGACUUAUUUCGCUAAGCAUGAUAUGCUCUAGUUCCAUCCAUGUUGUUGCAAAUGGCAAGAUUUAAUUUCUCUUGAUAGCUGCAUAGUAUUCCAUUGUGUAUAUAUACCACAUAUUCUUUAUCCAUUCAUCUGCUGAUGGACAUCUGGGCUCUUUCCACAGUGGAACAUCGCUGCUAUAGACAUUUGGGUGCACGUGCCCCUUCAGAUCCCUACAUUUGUAUCUUUAGCUUAAAUAAUUUUCCACUCAGAGUUUUUUUGGUUUUGUUUUUAUUUAUAAUACAUCUUCUCACAAGGUCAGUUACCAUUUUUUCUGGUUGUAGAAAUGGCACAGACAGUCCAUUAGUCCCGAGUGAGAAGCAGAGCCUGCAAAUUAUUAGAAAAAUUACGUGGAGAGUCUGACUAUACGGAAGAGCGUAACAAGGCCACGAAGCCCCGCCCAGGAAUGCCAGACCCGGCCGUGUGAGGCUCCUCUGUGUGGGGCGGAUGGUGACGAAGGUCAUAGCAGUCCUCCAGGUUGUCCCCGGGUCGUGGCUCAGGCCAGGCUUGCGAUGAUGCUGGGUCAGCAGGACGGGUCCCUUUCCAUAAGGGCGAGUUGAAGAGUUCAAGGAAAGCGGGUAGUGUGUUUCUGAAAUGUUUCCUUUCCAGAUGGUUAAGAUUUUUUAAAAGUUUUGGGUUCAGUCAUCUGAAAAAUGGGCUUAUGGGCCACGAUUCAUUCCAGAACACAGGGCGAGGGAGGAGGCAAGGCAGUGGCAGCGUGAAAAAGAAACAGCAGACGAGGCACCCUCACACGUGGGCUCACCUGCACCUUCCUUUUCUUCGACCUCACUUUCUAGGGCCGAGCAUGGAAGGGAUCCGGACUAUGGGGCAUGUGGGUGUUGGUGUCUCUGGGGGGUUUCUGCUGGAGUGCUGUGGCUAAGUUAUCCUCGCUCUGCCAGAGGGACAUUGUUGGCAUAUUUGGAACAACCAGGCGCCCUGCCAGUGCCCCAGAAGGGCUCGUGUGCCCUGACUCAGAGCAUCUGCCCCUGGACUUCGUUUCCACUACAGGACAGUGACAUGUGGUCACUCGCUUGUUCACCAGGCUCAAUGCCUGCGAGGUUUCUCUGUGUAGUCUCUGGCCUUGUGGAAGGCAGCCGAUUGGGGAGGCAGCCCCUCCACUGGAAAUCUCGCAAUCCAGUGAGUUCUUCCUGAGGAAGUUAAGGAUGGCUUCCUGGAGGUGGCACCUUGCAGGCUGGGCCUUGAAGGCUACAUAAGAGCUUGCCCUGUGGGGGAUGGGAGAGGGUCCUGUGUGCAAGUACAGAGAGUCAUGGGAAGGUUGUGACGAGUUGGGGAUGGUGCAGAAGUCAGCAUGACCAGAGGAUAGGUGUUGU